AUAGUUCUAGCCGCUUGAUACCCCAGAGUGAAUCACAAACCGAAACCGGUCGGAUACCACAGACAAGCUUCUUUGAUCUUCUCCAUCAGUGGGGCCUAUCGAUCACUUCCCUACCCCUCCAUCGUCAUUCCUUUGCUGGUCCCACUUCGUUGGAGACCACCUCAACAUUAACGGCCAGACCGUCGAUCAAAAGAACUACACACGCGACGCCGUAACACAUCACAAUGGCACCCCACGCAGACAAGGACAACUCCGUUCCUGAAGGCGACAUCGCGCCGUCCAAGGGCCGCUACCAUGCGGCGUCGACCAAGAGCGCCAUCACCGCCGAGAACGAGUUCGCCGCCCACAACUACCACCCGCUCCCUGUGGUGUUCGCCCGCGCCGAGGGCGUCCACGUCUGGGACCCGGAGGGCAAGCACUACCUCGACUUCCUCUCGGCGUACAGCGCCGUCAACCAGGGCCACUGCCACCCGGAGCUGGUCAAGGCGCUCACCGAGCAGGCCGGCCGCCUGACGCUGAGCUCGCGCGCCUUCCACAACGAUGUGUUCCCCGUAUGGGCCCAGAAGGUCCGCCAGCUGUUCGGCUUCGACAUGGUGCUGCCCAUGAACACGGGCGCCGAGGCCGUCGAGACGGCCAUCAAGAUCGCCCGCAAGUGGGCUUACAAGGUCAAGGGCGUGGCACCGGGCAAGGCGCUCAUCUUUAGCGCGAGCGAGAACUUCCACGGGCGAACUAUGACGGCCGUCUCCCUCUCCCUCGACCCCGAAUCGCGCGACAACUACGGCCCCUACCUCCCCAACGUAGGCGCCACCAACCCCACGACCGGCCAACCGAUCCGGUACAACAGCAUCCCGGACCUCGAAGCGGUGCUCGAGGCGCACGGCCCCGACACGGCGGCCUUCAUCGUGGAGCCGAUCCAGGGCGAGGCGGGCGUGGUGGUGCCCGACGACGACUACCUGGCGCGGGCGCAGGCGCUGUGCCGCCGCCACAACGUGCUGCUGGUGUGCGACGAGAUCCAGACGGGCAUCGCGCGCACGGGGCGCAUGCUCUGCUCCGAGUGGGCCGGCAUCAAGCCCGACAUGGUCACCCUCGGCAAGGCCAUCUCGGGCGGCAUGUACCCCGUCAGCUGCGUGCUGGCCGACAAGGCCGUCAUGGGCGUGGUCGAACCGGGGACCCAUGGUUCGACCUAUGGUGGGAAUCCGCUGGGCUGUGCCGUGUCGAUUCGCGCGCUGGAGUUGGUCGAGGAGGAGGGUUUGGUGGAGAGGGCGGAUCGGUUGGGCAAGAUGUUCCGCGAGGGGGUGGAGGCUUUCAAGUCGCCGCUCGUGCAGGUGGUCAGGGGUAAGGGGCUAUUGAAUGCCGUUGUCAUCGAUGAGAGCAAGGCGGACGGGCGGUCGGCGUGGGAGCUGUGCUUGUUGUUGAAGGAGAAGGGUGUUUUGGCCAAACCCACGCACGGCAACAUCAUCCGGUUCGCGCCACCGUUGGUUAUCACCGAGGAGGAACUCCGCGGGGCCAUCAAGGUCAUUGGUGAGGCGUUGGAGGAGCUGCCGACGACCAAGAUUAGCGAGGGUCACUAGGGGGCGUUCAGAGAGGUGGGCGGGCUGCAUAUUGCAUAUUUGCAUCGUGGCCGCUAGCCGCUGGCUGCUGGCUGUGUCUGGCGCAUCUCAUUUGAUACCACAUCGGAUAGUGUUUGGCAUUGCAUUGGGAUGGGACUGGACCUGAGCUACCUAGAUCCGGGUUGGAUCGGAUCGGAUUGGAUUGGAUUGGAUUAGAUCCAGAUGUAGAUCUCGCCGUCGGGGUGCUGUCUACCCUACCCGGCCCCUCCGUCCUGCUCGCAAGAACAGAACG